CGCGGUUUUAGUGUUAUAAAGAUCUUAUAAGCCUCGCAAUUAUUUUUACAUCCUCGCAGUCUAGUGUAGAACUCUUGCUGUUUAGUGGUGUGUGGAAUCUAUGUUUGGGUUCCAGUAAUAUUUAAUACUUUAAAAGGUUGUAGAUAAAGUGCUUAAUUCAAUGGCAAAGCAGAGCUGAGCGGAAUAUGCAGAGGACAGUUUUGUGCUAGUGAUAUUUUUGAUCCUCGCGAAGCAUGGCAUCUUGGCGUCCCAAAAAACAGGAUAGCCCCGCUAAACGAGAAGGGGGCCCCACAUAUCCAUGGAGCAAACGACGGAUGGACAGCGUGGAUGAGACAGAAGUACAGACUUUGACUACGGCGGACAUCGUUGCUGCCCAGUCUCAGGAUUACAUAGACGAGAAGGAAUUGGAAUUCAGGCAAACUAUCCAGCAUUUGGCCGAGGAACAGGAAAGGGUACAGAAAAAGGUGUUCACAAAUUGGACCAAUCAUUAUUUAGCACAGCAUGAACCUCCUCUCAGAGUGGAAGAUUUAAUCGAGGAUUUGAGAGAUGGUGCUAAACUUAUUGCCCUUAUUGAACAUUUGUCUGGAGAACGACUGCACUGUGAGAAAGGACGCAGGUUGAGGCGCCCACAUUUUCUGAGUAAUGUAAAUCAAGUUUUACAGUUUCUAGAAAGGAAAAGGAUCAAAUUGGUUAAUAUUAACGCUACAGAUAUUGUUGAUGGUAAGCCUGCCAUAACUCUUGGUUUGAUAUGGACAAUUAUAUUACAUUUUCAGAUUGAAGAGAAAACAAGGUUGCUCACUGAGCAGAUGGCAUAUCUUCAGACUUGUGCCAGCAGUACCAGUAGUAUUGACAGUAUUGGUCGAACACACAGUCCAGUGCCCAGCAUAGAUUCUCCACACAGAUUUGGCAGCACUGCUCCUGCGGCGGCUAUCAAACCUUCUGUUGUUGAAAGAUGGAAAGGAGGGGCAAGAAAAGCUCUACUUCAUUGGGUGAAAAAUAGUAUCAGCCAGCGCUUUGGUGUUCAGGUGAAUGAUUUUGGUAGUAGUUGGCGUGAUGGAAUGGCCUUUCUUGCUAUUAUUCACCGUAUUCGUCCAGGCUUGGUAAAUAUGGAUGAUUUAAGAAAUGCCAGUAAUUUUAAACGCUUGGAGACUGCUUUCAGAGUAGCAGAAUCUGAAUUGGGAAUUGCACGAUUACUGGAUCCUGAAGAUGUUGAUGUCCCUCAUCCAGAUGAAAAAUCUAUAAUGACAUAUGUAGCACAAUUUUUACAUCUUUAUCCUGAAACAUAUGCUUCAGCAGAUUUAGAUGAAACUGAUUUGUCUAUGCCCCAAGCCAGCGAUUUAGAAAUUUUGUCACUGUGGUUAGAUAAAGCUGAAUCAAUAUUAUUUAGUCAACAAAAAUUUUCGAAAGACUACAAAACGCAAUAUCAUGAAUUUUAUAUUUUGAAGACUGAAAUGAAAAAUUAUCGCGAUAUCUACGAACGACUACGAUCGAAAGUUAAUUCUUCAGCUCAUGACGUUGAUUUGAGAGCUGCAUGGCCGAGCGUUUUGCAAAGGUGGGCUAAAGUAGAAAAAGCAUUGCAAGAUUGGCAGCUAUAUUUAGAUACCAGUGUACGUGGAAAUUUGGGCCAACUAAUCAAAUGGUUGAUUGAUGCUGAAAAAAGACUUACAUUACCACUUUUACCUCAAACCCAAACCAGCAAUAUGCUGCAGGUUGUGAAUAAAGCCAUAGAAGAGCAUCAGGAGUUCUUCAAGCCUCUGGACAGUCACAAGAAAUUUUUACUGAGAUUUCAUCUAGAUUCAGAAUUUUCCAAUAUAUUGCCUGAGCACACUGAAGAUAUUCAAAAUAGGUUAGAUUGUGUGGCAGUUCAGUCACAUCAAAGGCAUAUGAAACUGCUGCUUGAGCAUGCCAGAUAUAUGCUGUUAGAUCAUUUAUCAAAUGUUGAAGAAAAUCUAAAAAAAUGGAAUCAAAAAUAUGGUUUGGAACCAGAAGUUCAGAAUAUCUUGCAAGAACAUAAGAUCUUUGUGGAGCAAAAUAAGAUUUUUGAAGAAUAUGACAGAUGUUAUGCUAAUAUGAAAACAAAUAUUGAAACUUGUCAACAAGUUGGAGCACUUGAUGCAAAAGAAAUGGACAAAGUAGAAAAAUUUUUAUGUGAUGUUGAUGGUCUUUGGAAAAAAAUGAUGGUUGAGCUUCAUUCUGUUGGGAAUACAGCAAAUCAAGUUCUAAAACACUGGCAACAGUAUUCAAAACAUUAUGGUCUUUUGUUAAAAUGGCUUGAUAAGGCUGAAGAAGUCAUUAAGAAAGAUUCAGACUUUCAGUUGGAAUUUUUUCAAGACCUUACACAGUGGCAGGAAAAGAAAAAUGAAGUUAUUGAGUCUGGUGAAUAUUUAGCUGCUACUUGCAGGCAAGAUAUCUCUAAAGAUAUAAAACAAAAAAUUAGCAAUAUUCAAAACAGAUGGGAUAAGCUUUUUCCUCAUGUUCAAGAAUUCCUUGUUUCUGGUGAAAUCUUGCGAUCAAGACAUAUGUUUCAAAAGAAUAUGAAACAUCUCCAAUCAUGGUUGCAAGAUGCAGAAGCAAUUCUUUCUACACCAAUUAAAUGCAAACCUUUAGAAACAGAAAAUUAUACUGAAAAAUUAAAGGAGCUUCAAACAGAAUGGGAAGAGUAUGAUAAUAUGUUUAAAAAAUUAUCAAAGCAAAUGCAUAGUGUUGUUACUCACAUGUCUGCUCCUGAAGUUGAGAAAGUUAUGUCAUCAAUGAAAAAAGAGAAAGAAUUACUUUUAAGAGUAAAGACCAGUUUAAUGACUCGCCUACAAAUUUUGUACCAAUUAGGAGCACCACUGGAUGCUUUUGAGAAAGGAUUGUCUGACAUCUCAAAAUGGUUAGAUGAAGCUGAAAAAAUAAUUGCUUCUUAUGGUAUACCUAGUAGUUUGCAAGAGAUUAAUUGUUUGCAAGAGAAACACAAGACAUUUUUCUCACAGUCACCUCAAUAUCGAACUGAACUAGAAAAUCAGAAGGUAAUUUGUAAUAAUAUAAUAGAAAAUGCUCGUGGAAUUCCUAAUCUGGAUGUGAGUGAAGUACAGCUCAGUAUGGCAAACACAGAAGCUCGUUUGGAGAGCUGUUUAUCCUUGGCUACUCAGUGGAAAAAUGCAAUGGCUGAAGCAGCUGAUAGAUGGCAACAAUAUUUUGCCAGUAUUCAGACUGUGAAAGAAAAGCUCCAAUCAGCUGAAACUUUGUUUAAUAAAAAACCUUGUGAUGAAAAACAACUCCAAAUACAUAAAGACUUUUUUAGUAAUUUAAGUGAUUCAGCCAUAAGAGAUAUGCUGGCAUCAAGUGAUGCUGUUUUGGCAACUCUCCCUGCUACUGAACAAGGACCUGUAAAAGAAACUGUUAAAGUUUUACAGGAAAAGUGGAAGGCUAUGAUUCAGAAAAUUCCUCAUCAUUUGCUACGUCAAGAAUUCCAAAUCAAAGAGCAGGAUUUCAAAAAUCAGUUACAUGAAAUGAAAUCUCAGCUGAAUAAUGAGCAGCAAAUGAUUGACAGUGGAGAACCUGGAGAACAUGUUUUGCGGAAACACAGUGAAUUCUUUUCCACAUAUCGAUUAGCAUCUGUCAAAGACUGCCUUAGUAGCUUAAAAGUUCUGUCAGAAGAAUAUGUAGCCUGUCAAACUUCUGAUAACACUUUGAGAGAAACUUACUUGAAGCGUGAGAAAGAAUGGAAUGAAAUGAAUCUGCAGAUUCAAAAUCUUGUUUCUCAACUCAAAAAACGUGAAGCUGACUGGACUGAAUAUUGUCAACGAUUUAAUGAACUUCUACAAUGGAUGGAUGAAAUUGAGAAAAGCAUUAAAAAUGUUACACAUGAAAUUUCUUCUUCAACUGAAUUUGAAACUGUUAAAACUAAAUUCCUGGAUCUGAGCAAAAAUGUUGAUAGCAGACGAGAAGAUGUCAAGUGGCUUGUUCGUAAACUAGAUAGCUUAUUAUCCCACAUUUCUAAGGAAGAUGGUGUGGCUGAGCAAAAGAAACUAGAUUCCCUUCUGUCACGUUAUAAAUUUCUUUUGCCUGAAAUUGAAACUACUAUAGUGGUAACAGAAACUAUUACCAAAUGUUUUAUUUAUCGAGAAGAAGUCAUAGAAGUCAAUCGCUGGCUUAAGGAAGUCCAGGCUCUUACAGAUGCUGUAGAGGAGAUCACCUGUGAUGAUCCUCAAAAGCUUGCUAAAUUAAUUCAACAGCAAGAGGCUGUUGUUAAACAACUUGGAACGCAUUUAGAAAAUGUCAAAUCCAGUGUUCAAAAAGGAAAAGAUUUAGGCAAACAAAAAUUGUCACCCAGGUUUAUAGAAGAAGAAGUGCCAUCAGAACGAACGGAGAGUUAA